CUGGCCCACACGGUGCGGGACCAUCUGGUGGGGCGCUGGAUCCGCACCCAGCAGCACUACUACGAACGGGAUCCCAAGCGCAUUUACUACCUGUCCCUGGAGUUCUACAUGGGUCGCACUCUGCAGAACACCAUGGUGAACCUGGGCCUGCAGAAUGCUUGCGACGAAGCCAUUUACCAGUUGGGUUUGGACUUGGAGGAGCUGGAAGAAAUUGAAGAAGAUGCUGGGCUGGGAAAUGGAGGCCUGGGCCGCCUGGCAGCCUGUUUCCUGGACUCCAUGGCCACACUGGGGCUGGCAGCAUAUGGUUACGGCAUCCGCUAUGAGUUCGGUAUCUUCAAUCAGAAGAUUGUUGAUGGCUGGCAGGUGGAGGAGGCGGAUGACUGGUUACGCUAUGGCAAUCCCUGGGAGAAAGCUCGCCCAGAGUACAUGCUCCCUGUGCACUUCUAUGGCCGUGUAGAUCACACUCCUGAGGGUGUGAAGUGGAUCGACACCCAGAUUGUCCUUGCUAUGCCUUAUGACACACCAGUGCCAGGAUACAAGAACAACACUGUGAACACCAUGAGGCUGUGGUCUGCGAAGGCACCCAAUGACUUCAACCUCCGAGAGUUCAACAUGGGUGACUACAUUGAGGCAGUGUUGGAUCGAAACCUGGCAGAAAACAUAUCCAGAGUCCUGUACCCAAAUGAUAACUUCUUUGAAGGCAAGGAGCUGCGGCUGAAGCAGGAGUACUUUGUGGUGGCCGCUACCCUCCAGGACAUCAUCCGCCGCUUUAAGUCCUCCAAAUUUGGCUGUCGAGACCCUGUGAGAACAUGCUUUGAAACCUUCCCAGACAAGGUGGCUAUUCAACUAAAUGACACCCACCCUGCCCUGUCCAUCCCAGAGCUCAUGCGGAUCCUUGUGGAUGUGGAGAAAGUAGACUGGGACAAGGCCUGGGAGAUCACGAAACGCACCUGUGCCUACACCAACCACACUGUGCUGCCUGAAGCCCUGGAGCGCUGGCCGGUCUCCAUGUUUGAAAAGCUGCUGCCACGUCACCUAGAGAUCAUUUAUGCCCUCAACCAAAUGCAUCUUGAUCGGGUGGCAGCUCUCUACCCAGGGGACAUUGACCGUCUCCGGAGGAUGUCAGUGAUUGAGGAGGGAGACUGCAAACGUAUCAACAUGGCCCACCUGUGCGUGAUUGGCUCCCAUGCAGUCAACGGCGUGGCCCGCAUCCACUCGGACAUUGUGAAGAACACAGUGUUCAAAGAUUUCUAUGAGCUGGAGCCAGAGAAAUUUCAGAACAAGACCAACGGGAUCACGCCGAGGCGCUGGCUCCUGCUGUGCAACCCAGGACUGGCUGACAUUAUUGCUGAGAAAAUUGGGGAAGGCUUUAUCACAGAUCUGAGCCAGCUGAAGAAGCUACUGGAUUUCAUCAAUAAUGAGACUUUUAUCAGGGAUGUGGCAAAAGUCAAACAGGAGAACAAGCUGAAGUUUGCAGCAUACUUGGAGGAGCAUUACAAGGUCAAGAUCAACCCUUCAUCCAUGUUUGAUGUUCAAGUCAAGCGAAUCCAUGAGUAUAAGCGGCAACUGCUGAACUGUCUGCAUGCUAUCACGCUCUACAACCGCAUCAGAAGUAAUCCAUCCAAAUCCUUUGUGCCCAGGACUAUUAUGAUUGGAGGAAAGGCAGCACCUGGCUACCACAUGGCCAAGAUGAUCAUCAAACUCAUCACAUCCGUUGGUGAGGUCAUCAACAAUGAUCCCUAUGUGGGAGACAAGCUCAAGGUCAUCUUCCUGGAGAACUACCGUGUAUCCUUGGCUGAGAAGGUGAUCCCGGCAGCGGAUCUCUCCCAGCAGAUCUCCACAGCUGGCACAGAGGCCUCGGGUACUGGCAACAUGAAGUUCAUGGUGAACGGGGCACUCACCAUUGGUACCAUGGAUGGGGCCAACGUGGAGAUGGCUGAGGAAGCAGGAGAAGAAAACCUCUUCAUAUUUGGCAUGCGGGUGGAGGACGUGGAGGCCAUGGAUCGUAAAGGGUAUAAUGCCCAGGAGUACUACGAGUGCCUGCCCGAGUUGCGACAGGCUAUUGACCAGAUCAGCAGCGGUUUCUUCUCUCCUCGAGACCCUGGUUGCUUCAGGGAUGUUGUGAACAUGCUCAUGUACCAUGACAGGUUUAAGGUGUUUGCAGACUAUGAGGCCUACAUUAAAUGCCAAGGCCAAGUGGACCAGUUGUUCAUGGAUCCCCGACAAUGGACUAAGAAAGUCAUCAGGAAUAUUGCAAACUCGGGCAAGUUCUCCAGUGACAGAACCAUUACAGAGUAUGCCCGUGAAAUCUGGGGUGUGGAGCCAUCUGCCACAAAAAUACCCCCACCCAACCUCCCCCGAGACUGAUGCAAGCACAGAGAUAGGCUUCCAUCCCAGGAGGCCUCACCUGCAUUUCACCACCAGUCAGAUGGGCUCCACUCUGCAGAACCAAGGCCUCUCCCUCAGUGGGUAGAAGAAUGCUCUGAGGAGAAGCC